AUGCCGGCAGCUCAAACCUCGGCCGUCGCCUUGGCGCUGGGCGCCGCUGCACUUCUGUUGCCGACCGACGCGCUCACCGACCUCAAGACCGACUGGGACGCCUACGCCAGCGCGUUGGCCAUUCCGGAGGUCAUCGACCUGACCGCUGGCGGCGCCAUCGACAUGCAGAUCGGCCGCUCGACGCACAACUGGACGGAGGACGGCUCCCUGUCGGGUGCCAUCUACGGCUACGGGCUCAAGAACUCGACGCCGACGUUCCCGGGCCCCACCAUCAAGGUCGCGAGGGGCGUCCCCAUCAACAUCACGUGGUAUAACGAGCUUGAAGCGCCCCACCUGCUGCAGGAGAGCGUGCAGCUCACGCUCACGCAGCACGCCUCUGCGUGCUACCCGUACUGCGGCGUGCCGGUGGUGACCCACGUCCACGGCAUGGAGUCGCCAGCGAGAUACGACGGUCUCCCGUUCUUGUCGAUCUACAAAAACCAGUCGCAGGAAUUCCACUACCUCAACAACCAGUCUGCGUCCACCAAGACGUACCACGACCACUCGAACGGCCUGACCCGCCUCAACACGUGGGCCGGGCUCAUGGGCGCCUACAUCAUCUCGGAUGCGGAGCUGGAGGCCAAGCUCAACUUGGACAUCGAGACCGACAUCCCGCUGCUGCUGACCGACCGACUCAUCAGCAACUCGGGCAAGAUCAUGUACUCGGACGACAACUGUAACGAGGGCGCGACCGUGUGGGUGCCCGAGUCCUUUGGCUCCGUGAACCUCGUUAACGGUGUCAUCAUGCCGUACGUUGAAGUGCCGCCCGCCCAGGUGCGCUUCCGCUUGGUGAACGUGGCCAACGCACGUCACUACAACUUGACCAUGCCCUUCGCGGACAAGUGCCAGGUGAUCGCCACGGACUCGGGUUUCGUCGGCGAGCCCAAGGCGCUCACCGAGGACCUCGUGAUCUUCCCGUUCGAGCGCGUGGAGUUCGUGUGCGACUUUGGCAACGACAAGAACGGCACGACCUACGACCUCGAGGACAAGCAGACGUCCGACCAGGCCACGCCCUACGACAACCGUGUGAUGCAGUUCCGCAUCGUUGAGAGCCUCAAGACGGACACGAUGGAGGUGCGUGAGAUCCCGUCCUCCUUGACCCCGUACAAGUCGCUCAAGGCGCUCUACGAAGCUGGCGGCAAGGAACGCACUCUGAUUCUGGGUGAGAUGGAGACCGAGCUGCUGUGCCCCACCAUGAGCAUUCUGCUGUACCGCUCGCAGCAAGUGAACACCUCGGGGAUCACCGGCAACCUGCACUGCACCAAGGGCACGGUCGAGAAGUGGAACUUCCAGAACCCGACCGAUGACCCGCACCCGUUCCACUGGCACUUGAUCAACGCGCAGUGCGGUGACACGGAGGAGACGGUGAACACGAACGAGCUCAAGGAUGUGGUGGUCAUUCCGAACGCCGGUGACCGAGCGUCGGACACGAUCACCCAAGUCUGCUACGUGGCUUGCACGCCCGGCGACUACCUGCUGGAGGGAAGCACUCGCGGCGCCAAGGAGUUCAACUUCGACACAACCGACCCGUACGUGGCUCACUGCCACAUCCUCGAGCACGAGGAGAACGCUAUGAUGAGCUGGUUCAACAUCAUGGACGUCGAUGACGGAUACGCCGACGACAACGGUAUCACACCCGGAACACAGAUCACCAAUACGGUCAUCGCUACAGCCAUGUGCAUGAGUGUGCUGGGUGGCCUCGCUACGACGCUGUCGGUGCUGGUGAUUUCUGUGAAGCGUCUGAAUUUCCUGGCGAGUCCGUUGGCGCUGUCUGUGGCUUUCGCAUUGUCAUCGGGCGUUAUGCUCUUCAUCGGUCUGGCGGAUCUCUUCAGUGAGGCACUGACGUUCUACCGAGCCGCCUACACGACGGGCAACGUGGACCCCGAAGCUUACGAGAAGGGAGGCUCCGCAAGCACCGGUGUCUGUGACAACACGUGCAAUGGUAACGCGUACAUGACCACGGUGGCGGCGUUCUUCGGCGGUGUGUUGAUCAUUCUGCUGGUGGAAUUCCUGGUGCACUCGAUUUUCGGGAGGAAGAAGGCGGCUGGAGAGAAGUCGAACGCCCCUGUGAGCUCUGGUGAUGUGGAGGAAGGCGACAAAGCUGGCUUUGUGUCUCCCAUCACUGAAAGCCCUACCGGUGCCCAACACAACGAGCUUCACAGCCCAGCUACUGCUGAAUCGUCCAACCUGCUUGAAGAGAAUGCUGGCCAGAAGGAGGAGUUCCGUCGCGCCGGUGUCAUGACGGGCAUUGCUGUGGCCAUCCACAACUUUCCCGAGGGUCUCGCGCUCUUCGUCUCGUCGCUUUCGGGACUUCGAUCGGGUAUCGUGCUGUCGAUCGGCAUCAUCCUUCACAACUUCCCCGAAGGUGUGGCAGUUGCUGCGCCUGUGUACUACGCCACGGGCAGCAAGAUUGAGGCUUUCAAGUGGACGGCUUUGAGUGGCAUCGCCCAGCCUCUGGGAGCUGGUAUCGGCUGGGCUGCUGUAUCUGGCGGUAUGAGCUACGGUCUCGAGGCAUCGCUCUACGGCAUCGUUGCUGGCAUGCUGGUCUGCAUCACGGUGAAGGAGCUUCUGCCGGGUGCCUACAAGUUCGACCCCAGCGGAAAGGCGUUCGUGGUGGCGUUCUUCGGCGGACUCGGAGUCAUCGCGCUCAGUAUCAUGGCCUUGAAGUACGCAGGCUCUAGCUAA